AUGGUGGGCAUUGACAUGGCUCAAGGUGUCCGCGCAUACACCAAACGCUACGAUAACAAAAUGCUUGGAUUGUACCCUUAUGCUCAAUAUUUGAUAAUUAGGCUCCCAAACUCCAGGGUUUUGAGGCUUCUCAUUCGCUCCAUGCUUUUGACAUUGUUUAUUGUUUCGCUCCCUUGGAUAGGGUCCAUCGUUAGAGAAUCCUCAACCUCUUCACCACCCAUUAUUCCUGAUCAGGCUAAAGUUGGUGCUAAUGAACUUUUGCCAUUGCUCUUCCGUGAUUUGAUGAACGAAGGAAUCCUGAAAGUGGGGGAGAAAGAGAAAGCUGUUUUCCUUAGCAAUGGAAACGAGGAAGCCAUUCACAGUCCAAUAGAAAUGGACGUCAUCUCCGUCACAGAUUCGGAGCGACAGAGCUUGAUUCCAAAUGAAACUUUCGACUUUGCCAUGGCAUCUAACUUCCCUGUUGCCGCGGAUUUCAUCGACAGAACUCUCAAGAUUGGCGGCAUUGUCAUAGUUGAGCUCAGUCAUGAAAACCCAUCCGUUGCAUUCCACAAGCCAUCCAACUACAAAAUCGUGUACAUCAAGAGGUUCCGCUCGACCGUCAUGGCCAUGAAGAAACUCAAUUCGGCCACACAAAGAAGGCUAUGUGGGUAUGCUCCGGAAGCAAAGAAGGCGGCGCUUAAGAACCUCGAAGACGUGUUGCUUGAACCGCCAAGGGCCGGUUCAGGGAAAUCAAGCCGCUAUUUGAAACGAACCAAGUACCUUCCUGAUUUGAUGGGCGACUCCCUCGAGAGCUACCCUCGCCGGGUGUUCAUACACGUUGGCUUGCCAGAGAAGGAAGGCGGCAGCGGAACUGGCUGGUUCGCGAGGCAUUACCCGACGAGGAACAAGGACUUCGAGAUGUACAAGAUUGAGACCGUGACCGGAGGGUCCUCGGGCAAGGAGGUCCCACAAAUCGGCAUGUCAGAUUGGUUGAGGAAUAACGUGAGAGACGAGGAGUACGUAGUGAUGAAGGCGGAGGCGGAGGUGGUGGAGGAGAUGGUGAAGAGCAAGGCGAUAAGGUUGGUGGACGAGCUUUUCUUGGAGUGCAAGCCACAGAGGCACAAUGGAAGAAAGGAGAUCAAUGGGGGAAGGAGGGCUUACUGGGAGUGCUUGGCACUGUACGGACGGCUGAGGGAUGAAGGUGUUGCGGUGCACCAGUGGUGGGGUUAA